GUGCAACUUUUCAAACCGAAGUGAGUCACACACGCUGAGGGUGUGCUAAUCUGACUUUUGCUAUUCCCCCCGCAGCGCUGAGGCUAGCUAAGGGCUAGAAUACACCAUCUGCGAAAUGUAAGCAAGUUGCUGGGAAUGUACGAAGAAGACGACGAGGAAGAAGACGGGUGUUCAACAGUGAACUAGUGUGCCAAGAAGUUCAGCUUGGAAGAAAGCGCCCUGAAGGAAUGCUUCUGUUGCUGCUGCUACGAUGGACUGUAUGUCAGUCGAUUUUUUGACAGCCCCUAUAGUCUCGACAUGUUGGAUUACACGGGCAAUCUGUUUCACCGUGGGAUAAUCCCGAAGACCAGCUGCUCAAGAUUUAGCUCGUGUGUCUGCGUCCCAUUGCAUUAAUUGAUAUAAUUAUUUAUUACGAAUACAUUUACAGAAACUCUGGAUAUUUAGAAAGGAAAAAAAUAACAAACAGUGGUGCAAUGUUCUGAUGUUACUUCGUUCUCCUUCACAGCUCGUUCACCAGGUACAGCAAGUAACAAUGGAUGGCAGUAACGCUACAAGCUACUCUCCCGGUUCCAACAUGGAUCCCACCAUCCCGGUGAUUAUGUUUAUUUUUGGGGUGGUUGGCAACAUGAUCGCCAUAGUCGUCCUUUGCAAAUCGAGGAAAGAGCAGAAGGAGACCACGUUUUACACGUUGGUGUGUGGGCUCGCAGUUACUGACUUACUGGGCACCAUUCUGGUAAGCCCGGUUACCAUCGCCACUUACGUGAAAGGCACCUGGCCAGGUGGAGACGCGCUGUGCCAGUACUUCGCGUUCAUCCUCCUCCUCUUUGGACUUGCCGGAUUCAGCAUCAUAUGCGCCAUGUCCAUAGAGAGGUACAUGGCAAUCAAUCACGCCUAUUUCUACAACCACUAUGUCGACAAGAAGCUGGCAGUUUUAACGCUGAUAGCGAUCUACGUUUCCAACGUGCUGUUCUGCGCUCUACCGAGUAUGGGAUUCGGAAAAGCGGUGAAGCAAUACCCGGACACUUGGUGCUUUGUGGACUGGAGGAGUAACGUGAGCACCCACGCCGCUUUCUCCUACAUGUACGCGGGCUUCAGCUCUUUUUUAAUUCUGGUCACCGUGGUGUGCAACAUCCUCGUGUGCGGGGCUCUUGUUAGGAUGCAUAGGAAGUUUGUGCGCAGGACAUCCCUGGGAACGGAUCCCGGCAGAAUCGCAGAGUUUCGGAGAAGGAGAAGCUUUAGUCGCCUGGCUGGAGCAGAAAUCCAGAUGGUGAUCCUCCUCAUCGCGACGUCUGCGGUUGUGCUCAUCUGCUCCAUACCUUUAGUGGUACAACUCUUUGUGAACCAACUCUACCAGCCCCCAGUGGUCAAAGAAGUGAUCAAAAAUCCAGAUCUUCAGGCCAUCCGUAUUGCCUCGGUUAAUCCAAUAUUGGACCCGUGGGUGUACAUCCUGCUGAGGAAGACUGUAGUACUAAAACUCAUUGAGAAAAUCAAAUGUCUUUUCUGUCGAAUUGGAGGAGGACGACGACCUUCCCGAAGUGACUUUAACUGCAUUGACAGCCAGCGGUCUUCUGUGCUGUCCCGGGAAUCCCCAUCCAUUGUAUCCCGGGAGCUCAGGGAGGUCAGCAGCACCUCUCAGACAUUGUUAUACCUUCCGGAGAACAGCGAGAAUUUAGUUGGCAGCUGCCGGUCAGACAGUGGGACAGGAGAUCUGGGCAGCUCCAUGGACAGUGCCUCUUUCAGGACUUUGAAGGGCUCUGGAUCUUCAGAAGGUCAGGCCUCAGACGUUGAGUCUUUCAGUGACAUGAACAGUUUGACUUGUCUGUCAAAUGUUAGUAACUCUUCCCCAUCCUUUGAAAAGGAUCACUCCCUGCAUGUGACCUUCACCGAUGAAAUGUUGAAUUUGCCAGAGAGGAGUAUAUAGCUGCACUCGAAUGAUGAUGAUGAUGAUGUUCACAAUCAAGUACCCAAGUUCUGUUUUAGGUGAAUUCUGCCAUCAGUGCUGUAGCAACACAUUGCUUGCAAGGUACAGACUGACCAAUCUGUGUUUAUUCAGCAGGAGAAAUCCCAUAAUUUUCCUUUAAGCUAAAAAUGUGAUUUUUUGUUUGUUUCUGGUGCUCUUGCAGCUCUUCUGACAGUAUUUGAUGUAAUCAAUUAUCAAAGUGGCCAAUUCAAUUGAGGCCCGGACGGGACUGAAGAAGGUCGGUUAUAGUCCCAGAGUCGGAGUCUGCAAUACAAUCGGGCCUCACCUUAAAGUAAUACUGGCAACACCUCACAUUUCAUUCAGACCACUAAACAUUGUUGUUUUUUUUAUUUCUAAGCUGUGUGAUUUCAGUUCUCCUCAUCAUGUUGGCACUCACUUCCUUUAAUCCUCUAAUGCUUUUAGAAACGUCCCUGUGUAAAUGUCCAGUCGACAUUUUCGAGUUUUACUUUUCAUGCUAAUUGAACGAAAUGCCAUCCUUGCGACUAAGAUCCAGAACGGCAGGUUUAAACAGCCAGGUCAUCAUUUAAAAUCCGCACGUCUUGGCUGAUUGACAGCGUCACCGGAAUCGUCGAUGUUUACGGAAUGCCUCUCCUUUUUUGUCGAGACCACUUUGCAUGAUGAGUAGAAACUGUGGAGUGUCACAAUAUGAUGUAAUGUGAAAAAUAUCUUUUAUUGUUUAUUAUACAGAUACAAGAUUGUAUUUAUUUUCUUCUCUGUGAGAAGGUUAAUGAAAGAGGUGCAAUAAAAUAAUAGUUUGCGUUAUGUGAAAGAGACAUAAAAUCACUGUCAUUUCUGAUCUGAAAUUGAUUUGCAUUUUUAAUAUGAAAUAAAAAAAAUUGUUUUAAGUGUAAUCUCUUCAUUACUGAAAAAAGUUAUACGGGUAAACCUAAAAUCAGCAUUUCUAAAAAGGGACAAAUAUAGGAAAGUUGGAGCGUGUGUGCCUCUCAAAAGAUUAGGCCCACAUUGCAGUACACUUAAUGAACAUUUUAUUUAUUUAAAGAGGACCCGCUUUUCUAGUCUCUAAACAUAAUGGCUGUUAUAUUGGAACUUCAAAGUGCUGCAGCCUCAUUGUAAAAUAAUUAAUCGAGGAUGGCCACUAUAAAACAUUUUAAAGUUCAUCAAGGAACAGUUUCAAUUUAGUGUACUGCUCUGGAAAAAUAAAGUUGAUUUAUCUUA